AUGAACAAUGUCCAAUGUUGUUUCUUGUAUAUUUCUAUUAUUUGGUUCUUUGUACUUUUGCAGUUUCUUUUUCGUCCGUUUCAGUUGAUGGGAAUGAAAAUUAUUGUCUCUGUACAUGUUUCACCGAAUUAAAUUUAUUUUAUUGAUUGUUAGUAGUCCCUCUCGCAAUUUUCAUCGCUGCACCGGUUGUUUCCAGUCGAACAUAAACAUCGCAUGCAGGAAUACUCAAAACGCCGCGCGUAAAUAUCACUCGCUUUUAAAGAUUACACAUAACAAAAUCAUACACAGUUGAAUGAAUAAAGGGAAAUAAAACCUAAACAUAACAAUUUCUCUAUCAUGUUGAAGCGUAAAUGGUAACUCUAUUGAUCGUACUGCUAAUUUGGUGCCUGUCAAAAGUGAGAACCCGCGCGUCCGGCUGGCCGAAAAGUGAUUUUGGGAAAUUUUUUUUAUCGUUUUCAUUAAAAGCCCAAAAUUAUUACCCUGCAUAUCACAUAGGACCAGAUUUUUCUAACAGAAAAGUCCCGGCAUUAUAGAAUUCUCUUCAUGAAAACGCUUUAUAAUUCAAUGCUAUAAUUUGUUGUGCAAAGGAAGCGCGUGCUUUGAUCGUCGUGGAUAUUGAAUGAGUGCAAAUUCUCUUGCAAAAUUGUGAAAAAACUGAAGAAUUAUAGGUUUAAACAGGGCAAAAAAGAACAAAUUCUGUCCGAGGUCUGUAUGAUAAAAAAAGGGCCUUAUAGUACUGUUUACCUGAGACGUGAUGAGAAAAAGUAUGUUUAAAAGGCUGGUUUACACGCCACCAGAUUCGUCGCCAAGAUGUACUAGUAAACUAAACUUGUCGAACACAAAAAAUCCGGUCUGAUUUUUUAUUUUGGCCUCUCUUUUAGACAGAGGAAUGCAACGUGUAAAUUGGCUGCCACCAAGGACUAUCGUGGCGCAUGUGUUUCUUAAAACUAUAUUUCGGGGUUGUCCAGUUAUCCAUAGUCUCUCUAACGGAGCAAUGUUGGAGAGACUGGUGAAUGCCACAUUAUGAUGCAACAGCUAAUGCAAAUACAAUACACGAUUAGGUCUAUUUGUUUUCCAGGCCUAAUCUACUGUGAUCGAACAUGAUUGCUAUUUUUCGGUGUACAAAUAAGACUAUUUAAUAACUCGAUGUAAAAUUUGUUUCACUCUUAGUCGGUCAAAUUCUGACUUUUCUGUAAAAUCACUCAGCUUUUGCCUCAAAAGUCAAAUGAAUGUGCCCUGAUCUGUGGAUUACAAGUUUAUUGUUUGAUUUAAAUUAUGAAUUUAUUAACGGGAGCUUCGCUUUUAGCCUUGGCUAAAUCUAUAUAUUAUUUUGAAUGUUACGCAACAAUGCCGAUGCUCGCCGAUGCUCAUAUUUCGAGCUUGGGCUACCUGUGUUUUAACACUUCAAUUCUGUGUUGGAACUUUAGUUGGAAUUAAAAGAAACAAAAUCUAUUCAUAGCAAAAUGCGAAUUGAAAAAAGAAAAACAUAUCCACGAAAAACAGUGUUUUAAAUGAUAAACACCCAAGAUUUUAACAUUUGCAUUUCGGGUGAUGUGAUAGAUAGGCGUGAUCCGAUGGCGUCAAAUUUGCAUAUCACUAGGAACUACAGUGUUGAAAAGUAACCAAUGUCAGGAGCCCAAAGAACUAGUCUGGUAAAUUAGACAACCAGAGUUUUCCUGUUUUCCCUCGUAAUAGCUCCAAAAGAUAUGUCAGAGUGCCCAGUAUAAUCGUUUGUUUCAAAACAUGAAAAAAAUAAUAAAUAAAUAAAAAGAAAGGAAGAAUCGUAUCAGGGGAAGGGCAAAUUGACGAACUAGAACGAAGUGUUAUGCAGCGAUAACAGCCAGCGUGCAUUUUCACUACAAAUAUGAUUAAAUAGAUGUAUUCUACUGCCAUUGGACGUAGAUCAAUUAAAGGGUUUUUUGUUUUGCACUUCUAACCGGCCCGCUUCAGAUCUGAAACUGACAAAGGAAGUACUUGAGGGAAAAAUAGAUUAGGUCGGUAAAAGCAAAACUGAUUUAUGUAAAGUUUCUGCACAGGCUAAAACUCUUGUUAAUACUCAAAGAAAAGUAUGGCCAUUGACCAAAUUUGUAGGAAAAGAGGAGUAACUUUCCACUUGAGUAUUAUUCUAGGUUUAACAGCCCAUCAUGCAGAUAAACUGUUAAAAACAACUGCCUUUGUUACCUGUGGUAAGGUCACCAAAGUCGGUGACUCAAUCUUUCCUAUUUAAGAGAAUUUAACAUAAAGCUAUAACCACGUCCGGUUGGAGGCUGAAAAGUUUAAUUUAUAAUUAUAUUCACGGCUGCUAAAACGUAUUUGCUCAAGUUGAGGACCUGAAAUGUCAUCUUCACAGGUUCGAACCUACAAACUUUAUUAAUUUAUAAUUGAGGUUCAGCUAGGGCCCGUUUCUCCGAAGUCAAAGUCCCUUAAACUUUUCGGGCCCUAACUGAUCAAAUAUUUAAAUCAAAAUCUAAAUAAUAAAAGUGUCGCUCCUAGCUGACAAAGCAGUCCAUUAACUGACAGUAUUAUAAUAAAUAAUAAUAUAAUAAUAAUAAAUAAUAAUAAUAAAUAAUUUAUUUCUAUAGGGCAAUUUCCUUACGCCCAAAUGCGCUUUACAGUGUCAAAUAUGUUUUAAUCUACACACUAAAAAAUGUAAAAAAUCCUUAAGAAUCGAAAAACAUCAAAAGUCUAAAAGUCCUAAAAAUCAAAAAAAGAAAAAAAUUGAAAGUCUAAAAAUAUGCUUGUCGAAAAAGAUAGGUCUUAAGCUUAGCUUUAAAGAUAGAGACAGAUGCGCUGCUUUUAAUUUCUAUUAACAUAUUAGUGGCAAAACCUUUGAAACCUCUAUCUUGAAAUCAACACAUUACAGUGUCGAGACUUUCGAGAAACGAGUCCCGGGACAUGGAAACCUAUCAAAGUGUUAGCGUUUGAUAAGAGAGCCAGGAUAAUUGGACCGAGUUCUUGGUAAGGAAGUAUCUUCCAUAUUUAGCAAAUUUAAUGGCUAACUAGAAACCGACAUAUUUCAAUUAUGUGCCAAUGUAGUUGCCCUAACUUCCAAAAGUCGGUAGGUAUAAAGUCACGCUCUCGCUUUACGGGGAACGUCAGCAAUACAAGUGGCCAAUAAAAUUACAACGCCGCUGCUAACCGCUAAAAUAACCUUUUUGUUUGAAAUUCUUAUCGUUUGACGAUUCAGAUCUCGCUCCAGUUCCUGUUGAAGAGCUUUCGUACUAAAAACAGAUGUUUCGAAUAUUGAUAGCUGACAAGUGCGUUUGAGAAAUUGAAAUCAUACUGUUUCGCUAGAAUUACCUUUAUCUAUAUCAAUAAUUACUGUAAUUUGACAAUUUUUUUUUUCAUCGACUUGCUGUCCCACUACAUGAGACAAAAUGAGCGCCAGCACACUGUUAGGGGUGCUCGGUCAAAUUCGAGGUGUAAUAGAGCAUUCCCGGGGAGGGAAAAUUGCAUACCCUGUUAAGGACAGACUGCGCAAUUUAGGACAGAGAGGUCAAGAACAAUACCCUCUCCAGCAGCUCAUCCCCCUCACCCCUCGUUUAGGCCAUAUAAGGGAGUAUCCCCCGGGCAGAGCAUUACCAUUACAAUCCAGACGAUGAACCUAUAGUCACUGCGCAAUCAUGAUUUGAGUGCAAAGGGUGCUUUUCAUCCCGCCGCGACGAGUUGCUGAGACACGUCACUUUUUGGUUGAAACAGUGGUGUUAAAUAACAAGGGCCUAUCUAUUUAUGGCAAAGAUAUUUCGGUUUUGCCUUGCGCGCUUCAGAUUCGAAUUUAUUUAGUUCCAACUGAGUUAUUUUCCUCAUCUCUUCUACCCAGUGAAAUAAGGACAAUGAGCACCAGCACACUGAUAGAAGUGUUUGGACACAUUUUGUACAGUUUUACUCGAGGUGUGACUGAACAUUACAAUCCAGAUGAACCUGAAUUCACAUUUGAAUCAUUUGGUUACAAUUCUCUGGAAAGCACAGAACGAGAAUGGUACUCUCAUCCUGUUGAUGAUCUUAUUUACCAAGAAUACAGCGACAGAGAAGCCACAAGCUUAGAUUAUCUGGCUUCUUGUAGUUUUGAUGUUAAAGUAACUGACGCCUGCUCAACAGAAGAAACCCAGGAGGCUGUGAAGCAAAGUAAAGACCAAACCAUGGCUUGGAAGCGACUGCGACCUUCUCCUCUGCAAACAGUUUUUCAAUCUAUGUACAUUGGAGCUCUGAUUUCACUUUUAAUGGCUAUCUUCGUAGGAACAAUUUUUACGAUGGGGUUGUAUUUAUACUUGAAAACUGCACACAACUGUGAAUAUAACACCGUGAACUCAACCUCAGUACAAAUACAAUGGAUAAGAUCAUUUUCGGAUAUAAUUGCUUGUAGUUUUAAUCAUUUUUGGUUUUUUAUUCUCGUGCUGUUUCUUUUUCGUCCCUUUCAGUUGAUAGGGAUCAGACGAAAACUUUUCCUGGCGUGCUUAAUUACAUAUGCUUUGGAUACAAUUUAUCGUGUUGCUCUCCAAGGUCUUGGUAUAUCUCAUUCCUAUAUUUCUUAUCCAUUAAGAAUUCCGCUCACCGCUUUUUUUUUCAGCAAUCAGUGUCUGCAAGUUUAUGUUUUAACAAAGUACCUCUGCCCACGUUCACAAAAGAAAAUGGCUUUAUUUUUCAAAAUGAUGGUACCAGGUUCUUUGAGUUUGCUUUUUGUCAAUCUUUGGGCGCACUUAGUUAUAUAUCCAGCAUACAUGAAAAACAAUUCAAAUGGGAAACUUUUAAUUGCAACCUUUUCUCCUCUCCUUGGAGUUGUGGUAAAAGUAACCUCUCGUAUUUGUGUUCAAAAGUUAUAUAUCACUUACCCGGGAUACUCGUACGUCUUAUUAUCACCGGUCUAUUGUGGGGCGGCUGUCCUUUUUCGAGUUUUGCAAGCAGAUCUUGGCAGUUUACAAGCCAUAGCUUUACUUGGAAUAAUUCACGGCGCUGCAGAAGUCAUUGAACGAAGCACUAUGGUUUUAAUAGAUCACAUUUGUCAUAUGUUGUGGAAGAGGAGAUCCACUCCUUGGGGAAGUUUUCGUACUCCUCGUCGUGAGAGACUAAUGGCUGAUAUCGCUAUCAUGAGCAUGUUGUAUGAAUCUGCUGCUAUAGUGUCUGUGAAUGGAUUCGUAUACUUAUAUCAGUUCAUAUAUGUAAGGGAAGAGAAAUUGAACAAUUUACUUCUGUUAUUUGCAAUUAAUACGACAGUUUCUCUUGCGAUUGAGUGGGUGUUUAACAGCGUGUCUCUAGCGAUUGAGAGUCGGUAUCAAAACAUGGCUGUCAUGGCUGUUUGGCGAAGACGAUGGAGGCGACACCUUCUAGUGGCGAUUGCAAAUGCGAUUCCAAUUGCUUUGUUUACAGGCGGUACUCUCUUAGAUAUUUUACAUGGUAGUAGCGAAAUUUUCAAUAGGCCAUGUAAAAUGCCAUUUACAUAG